GGGCUUGCUCAUGAAUCAAAGGCGAUGGAAUCCGGGGAUCGAUGGAAUCUCUUUACGAAGAUCGGUACAUACUUACGACGGGCACGAGGGACAGAGGGGAAUUUGGAAAGAAAAUCGGCCUUGAAGAUAUCGAAGAAAUCUGCAAUGCGAUAUCUUCAAAUCGCGUUUCAGUAAGGAAACAAACGAAAAAGCUCCAAGAUAUGGCGAUUCGGUAGUAUCUGUAAUCAACUGCAACAUCAAUUCUCUCGGAUUGAGUGAGUCAGCUUGUGGGAAGUUCGGGAGAGAAGGGAGACGGGGCUGGUGGCCGGAAAAGACUCAAGAUCUCGGUCCCUCACUUCAACAACAAGGAUCUCAUCAAGGGCUAUUCCAAAACAUUAAUUGGAAGAUGCAUGAAUCCACCAAAGCAGAACAUGAGCUACCUCUUGGUGACGUUGCCGAGAAUAUGGAAUCUCGAAGACAAGGUUAUCGGUACGGAUCUCGGGCUGGGUAAGUUCCAGUUCGAUUUUGAUGAGGAGGAAGACAUCAACUCAGUCCUCAAGAUGCAACCUUUUCAUUUUGACUACUGGAUGCUCUCCCUUGUUCAGUGGCAGCCAAUGAAGUGCUCCAAAUACCCUUAUGAGAUCACUUUCUGGAUCAAGGUAUUGGGGGUUCCACUUCAGUUCUGGGAGGAACCCACGUUUCGCAGUAUUGGAGACGCUAUAGGAGAGACAAAAGCGGUAGAUCUUGACAACGGUCGUUUCCAAGUGGUUGUGGAUGGCUUCAAGGAGCUGAUCUUUGACACUUCUCUUGACUUCACAGGAGGUGAAUACUACGAGGGGGUGGAGAUUCCAGUCACGCUCCAAUAUGAGAAGUUGUUUGGCUACUGUGACACCUGCUUCAGUCUCUGUCACAAGGCGGAGAAAUGCCCUUUAACGAUGAAGAGCUCAGAACAAAAGGAGGAUAAAAAUGGCAAGGAGGGACGACAUGAUGAUCGCGCUAGGAGUUACAGAGGAGUGGUGCUAAACGAACAUGGGGCACAACAGGACAAGAAAAGAGAAACAAGAGAGUAUUAUGGCAAGGGUAAGGGGAAGAUGUAUGAGGAGGAUGGAUCCAAAGGGGCGAGAGGACCAGAAAGGGAGCAGAAGAAGUACCGAGACUCGCGGAGAGACUACCGUGGAGAGGAGGAAGGGUCGCGUCCACGAAACCAUAAGAAGGAACAAAACGGGUACUCGCAUCAAGAGUAUCGUGCUCGAGGUGUGGGAGCUCCGAGAGGUGAUAAGGAUCACCGUGUGGCAAACACUAAGGAGGUAAGAGAAGAAGGAGAGAUUGGUGGAUUAGAGAGGACCCAACAGUCUCCACAGGUGAAAGAUAUUGCUGGACCUUCAAGCUCGUUUCUUGCGGAGCUCAAGGAAACUCAAGAGGAACCAGCUCAGGUAUUUGAAACAAACUUUGGGAACCACGGUGUGGACUUGGUAAUGGCAGAUUUAGAGAAUACUGUGUCUGAAGUUGAGGAGUGUGGCUUAGGAUUGGAACUUAGUGGUAGGGGUCCAAAUGAUGGCAGUGCGGCUACUAAUUUGUCUCCAAUAGAUGGAGAGAUGGAGGAGGAUGUGCGAAUGGUUGAGGAGGUGCACGCGGUUACUGAGGAUAACGUGGGGGAGAAAGCAAUGGUAACUGGGGAGGUGGCAAACAAACAAGGUCCGCGCAGGAAAGCUGUCAAACCUGCAGCAGGCGCUGUUGCAUCCAACAAGCUGAAGAUGGCUCAGCUAGUGAACGUCAAACGUCCCACAGCAAAAGCAGGGAUCCGUCAUGGCGAUAACUCCAAGCAGGUGGAGGAUACGGGCACUUCAAACCCGAAGCAUGAUCCUGCCAAGAACUAAGAUUUUUCAUGAAUCAAGAGGCCUCUAAGCGCCAAGCAGGACUUUUUGGGUCCUCCGUUUUUAUUUUUUCGUUAAGUUUAAUAAGCUCGUCGAGCAUUUUUGUUUUUUCUCAGUUUGUUAUGAAGUGGGUGUCACUUCUUUUUUUGUUCUGUUGUCUGUGGUGGCUGUUUAGCCUUAUGGCCUUUUCUUUGAAUAAAAUUGAGCUCUGGUUAUUUGAGUUUUGGUGGUAUGUAUGGUGGGACAAGAGGCUGAGCUGGGAGUUCCAUAUAUUUAGCUCCCUCUAUGUUCUGCUUUGCA